AUUAUAAAAAAAUGUCCUGUUUUGUCGACAUUACUUUUACAUUUAUUGUAUUUCUGUCAUGUAUAUAUACAAUGGCCGCCAGUGAUAAUAUCAAGGAUGAAGAACUGGACAAAGGUGCUCAUAGUGAACGGGGAGCUCUAUGGUUCGGUCCCAGGUUGGGCAAGCGGUCCCUUCAAUUCGUCGAUGAAGAUAACAGCCAAGCCAUUUUAAAGCUGCUUGAAGCGGCUGACGCUGUCAAAUAUUAUUACAACCAAAUGCCUUACGAGAUGCAAGCUGACGCUCCUCAAGCUAAAGUUACGAAGAAAGUCAUCUUCACGCCGAAACUUGGACGGACGACCGACAACCAGGAGAAGAGGUUCGAAAACGUGGACUUCACUCCAAGACUUGGGAGGAAGCUGGCGGAGAAGAUUGCGUCUGCUACUGACGAUGAGAGUUACUAUCCAGAUUCUGUCAGAAUGAGCUCGCGUACUAAUUAUUUCUCCCCAAGACUCGGCAGGAACUUCAACUUGUCUCCUAAGCUCGCACGUGAAAUUAUAUAUGAUAUGUUUUCAGAGCCCCAAACCAGGGUCGCGAGGAGCUUGAACAGGACGAAAUCGACGAAAUUUUAAAUGAAUUGAGAAGUAACAGUGUUCUGGACAAAUUGUACUAACGGUGCUAGUUAAUAAAGAUUAUCCCAUCUGA